AUGGUGGAGGCGUUCGGCGCGGACGAGGCCGGGCGCGGCCAGCGCAGCCUCCUCGACGUGCCGCUGCACGCGCUGAUGGCGGCGCAGGCGUACGAGGCUCAGGCCGCGCAUGCGCUGAGCUCCGGCGGCCGCCUGCUGCCCGAGAGCGGCGUCUCCCGCUGCGACCUCUACCGGCGCUUCGUGGAACUGAAGCGGGAGAUGUUCAGGCAGCGUUUUGGGCUCAACGACGCCAACUUCGAGAACAUCUCCCUCGUCGACAACUUUGACGAGAUACAUCAGAAUUGUGCCAUGCUUGUGUUGGUCUCCGAUGGUGGUUUUUCCAGCGUUAAUUCGGACAUUUUUAGUUACUACUUGGAGAGAAACCGAGAAAGCCUCAUGAAAGAGAAAAAUGGAAUCAUAUGGCUAGGAGAAAAUGGAAAGCCUUACUUCGCCCAUUACACAUACGUGGAAUAUUUCGUUGCCAGUUGGAUGAUCUCGGCGUACAGAGUGAACGAAAUAUUACUGAAGGUUUGGGAAACCCUCGUCUCUCAGGAUGCGUGGCCAGGGCUGCGCCAGAUCCUGGAGCACAUGCUGUCGGACGGGCUUCCGCUGCACCGGGCCGCGCUGGAGGGCAGCGAGGGCGCGCUGGAGGCGGCGCUGGAGGCUGGAGGCGACCCCGACGAGAGCGACCGCUUCGGCCGCACGGCGCUGGUGCAGGCGGCGUCGCUGGGCCGCGCCGACGCCGUGGGCGCGCUGCUCGUCAAGGGCUGCGACCCCGGGCGCAGGGACGCGCUGCUGGGCUGGACGGCGCUGCGCUACGCCAGUGCCUGCGGCCACCUCGAGGCGGCGGAGCGACUGCUGCAGGCGGGCGCCAGGGCGCACGACCUCGUCAUGCUGCAUCUCCUUCACAGAGGCGCCAAGGUGAAUUCUAUAUUGGAAAAUAAAAAAACCCUGCUGAUAAUUUCAUCAGCAAGAGGACACGGUCAGACGGUGCUGAGAUUACUGAAAUACGGUGCAAACGCGAAUCUCGUGGACAGACACGAGAGAACAGCUCUUCACUACGCCACCAUGAAUGGCUAUUUGAAUGUGAUGAGAUCUCUCCUCGAGUACGGUGCCAACCCAAAUGCAAAAGACGCAGCGAAGAAAACCCCUCUGACAAUUGCUUGCGCCAAGGGGGACGAGCAGUCCGUGCUCCUUCUCUUGGAAUGCGGGGCAGAUGUGCGACGCUACGAUGCGAACAAACAGACAGCUCUCCACAUCGCCUCCAGCGGCGGUCAUGUCGACGUCGUCAAACUGCUUGUCGAGAGCAACGCGGACUCGAAUUCCACAGACAAAUUCAGCAGGACCCCGCUAAUGCUAGCAGCCCAACACGGGCACGUUCAGUGCGUGGCGUACCUUUUGCGACACGGGGCCGACAUCCGCAUGUGCGACACGUCCAACGAAACCGUUAUCCACCACGCAGCGACAGCCGGCCACCUGGAGAUCGUCACUCUCGUCGUGGAGAGCGAAGCGGAACCAGACGGCGGCGGCGGCGACGACGCCAGCAGGUCCCUGCUCAUGCUGGCGGCGGAGGUGGGCUGUGUCGCGCCUGUUCGCUUUCUCCUCCAGCACGGCGCCGACGUCCACCGGGGCGACAGCCAGCUUAGGACCGCGCUGCACUACGCAGCGCGAGGCGGGCACCUCGAGGUCAUGAGCCUGCUCGUCGUCAACAACGCGGACGUCGACUGGCAGGACCGGGAGGGCGUGUCCCCUCUGAUGCUAGCGGCUCACAACGGCCACGUGAAUGCAGUGCUGUUCCUCCUGCAUCACAUGGCUGCAGUGCGAUUGGGCAACGCCGCGGGAACAACCGCCCUGCACUACGCGGUGGAGAGCGGCCAUUCGGAGAUUAUGAAAAUCCUCGUCGAUCAUGACGCGGAUGUGGAUGUCGUGGACCAAAACCACGGGACCCCGCUCAUGAUAGCAGCCCGAAACAGCGAUUUGAGUUCUGUGGAAUUCCUUCUCGAGCAGGGAGCGAAUAUCCACCUGCGCAACGCGUUGGGGAGGUCAGCUCUGCACUGCGCCACCUACAACUGCCACCACGAAUUGAUGAGGCUGCUGGUCGAGCAGGGCGCCGACUCCGGGGCGGAGGACCGGCGCCAGACCACGCCGCUGAUGGUGGCGUGCGAGCGAGGCGACGCGACGUCCGUCUCGCUGCUGCUGGGACACGGGGCGGAGGUCCGGUGGCCGCAACGCGGCCGGGCGGCGGCCUCCACUUCGCCACGGCGGGCGGCCACCACGAGGUGA